GGGGAGAAUUCCCUCAAUUCUCAUGCAUGAUCGCUCUUCCAAGCCUCCUCCUCCUCCUCUUCUUCUUCUUCUUCUCCUCCUUCUUCUCCUUCUUCAUGACUUUGUUCCAAGGAUUCGAAUACAUCAGGUUUCAGCGCUGUGGAGUUCGUUUUGUAGCAACCUCUUCUUUCUAUCAGAUACUGCUUACUUUCACCAUAACGGCUUUAGGAUUAGCUGUGCUCCAUGUCACAAAGGACGAAAGGAGAUAUUCCUUUUAUCCAUUCCUUGUCAGGGAAGAUCUGAAGCAGCGUCAGCUGCACACGUCCUACAAGAAAACCAUAUACAAUUACGAAGCAAAGAGAACGAUGGACAGAGGAGGAGCAUAA